UGGCUCACGGGCUUCUCCUCGCUGAAGUUUCCAAAGUGAGAGGUGUCCAACUUUUGCUGGAAAGCCUGCCUGUUUCUGCAGGAGCUAAAUGUGAAAUGCUGGUCAUUCAGCGUUCUCUCUGCUGCCAUCUAGAUGCAUCUUGAUGCUUCAGGAGGAGAGUAUGACAACUGAAUCGGGCUGUUGGGUGUCCACAGGUCUCCACUUUCAUCCAAUGAAGUCACCUUAGGUCCAGAAGCCAGAUAUCCUGCAGUUGCAAAGUAACUGCCAAAUAUUCUGCCACGAAGCCAACUGCAAGCCUGAGAUGUUGUGGAAAAAAUCAUACCUUGUGGUUGCUGUUUGCAUUGCUACCUGCAUUUCAAUAAUGACUCUUUCCUACCUCCAGAGAACAAAACUCUUUUCCAUAUCCAUACCAGCAGCCAAGUUCUGCAGCGGAAUUCCUGCCCGUAAUACCAUCACACCCUUAAAAGGCAACCGAACCUUCAUCAUUGCUCCAUACUUUGACAACAGGAAGAACAAAAUGACACGCGUGAUUUCAAUAGUCCACCACACAGAAGUUAAGGAACUUUACUGCUGGUUCUGCCACCCAUCCAAGGGUGAAAUAUACAUCUCCAAGGCUGAAAUAAAUGUCCACUCUGAUAGAUUUGACUUCCCUUAUGCUGCCACGGACUUGGAAUGCCUGGAACCAGAAGACUGGGAACCACGUUAUGUGUCAAUACAUUGGUCUCCUACAGGAGAUAUUGACCAGCUGCCAUUAUUUGAAAUAAGAAACCGUGAUCCUGAAAGUUCCCUUGUGGAUUUCACGGUUUGCAUCUCUGCUAUGUUUGGAGAAUACAAUAAUGUCCUGCAGUUUGUGCAGAGCAUGGAGAUGUAUAAGAUCCUUGGAGUGGACAGAGUGGUGAUCUACAAGAACAGCUGUAGUCCACUGAUGGAAAAAGUGCUGGAUUUUUAUGUUGCAGAAGGGACUGUUGAGAUAAUCCCCUGGCCCAUUGAUUCCUACCUCAGUGUUUCUUCUUAUUGGCAUCAUUCAAUGGAUCCCAAAGAUAUUGGCUACUAUGGGCAAAUCACAGCCUUGAACGACUGUGUCUAUCGCAACAUGUACAAGAGCAGUUAUGUACUGCUGAACGACAUGGAUGAAAUUAUUUUACCAGGGAAAUACAAAGACUGGAAAACCAUGAUGCAGAACCUCCAAGGGCAACAUCCUGGAACUGGCGUUUUCCUUUUUGAAAACCACAUAUUCCCUAAAACUGUCUUCACCCCCAGUUAUAGAUUCAACACUUCUUCUUGGAAUGCAGUACCUGGGGUGAACAUACUACAGCAUGUCCUCCGGGAACCUGAUCGUAAGAACAUAGUUAAUCCUCGGAAGAUGAUUGUUGAUCCAAAGAAAGUGAUUCAGACAUCGGUCCACUCGGUUCUCCAGGCCGAUGGGGUCAGCAUAUAUAUUCCAAUGGAUGUUGCCUUGGUCUAUCAUUGCCGGACUCCCCUUCAAGAAAAUAUUUCUAGACACCUUCUAAUUAAGGACACAACUCUCUGGAGGUACAGUGUGCCAUUAAUUGGAAACGUCAGCCAAGUUCUACAACAGAUUUCGUGGAAUGGAGAAGGAUACAGGUGAGGGAGAACAAACAGGUGCCACUGAUAGUGGUUGAUCAAUAAAUACAGAGAGUUGCAGCCACUAAGUCAACAUGAGGCUUUCCUGGAGGUUCAGAAGAAGAAUAACUGAGCAUAUAGAGUAUAGCGGUCACCCACAUUUACCAGUUGGCUUAACUGAAGUGAAAUGAAUGGGUGUGGUUUGAUUUUGGGAUGCAAAGAUGACCAAGAUGCAAAGAUGACCAAGUCAACUGCAAGAAUCCAUUUCUUCUAUAAAUGCUGAUCAUCAUGGUUCUGUGUCUUUCCAGUGUUUGAAGGACUUUUGUAAAUAAAUGACAUGUGUUACUGGGAUGAGCAGAACAAUCUUUAAUAAGUCUUGGCUACUGAAACGCCUGUGCUUUGUAGUGGGCUCAAUUGGAAAAAUAAUCCCAUUCACAUCUCUCCUUGUGGGCAUUUUCUAUCCGAUUUUAAUACGAAGACAGCAAGCUGGAUCGACAAAAAUAUGUGGCACUCACAAUGAUGACUCUUAUUUCUUCUUUCUGUAUCAGCAUGCAUAGUCCGGCUGUGCCUGGUAUGGCUAGGUCACAUGAACCGGAUUAUUUUGUUCAACCUGCACACUAUUUUACUUCAGAACAAUCUGCCAGAGGUUUCACCUAUUUUCAGUUGUCUGGUGCACCUUUUAAGAAUGUUAAUUGUGCUGGCAAAUUAUGUUCCCUCUGGCAGUGAUUGCAGGGGGAAGUGGUACACUAGAGAAACCAAUGGAGAGGAUAAGGGGAAUGGUGAAAAAUUGUAGAUGGAUCAGAGGGAGUAAGAAGCUCCAUGUUUGCCUGUAAACGCUUGAGUGUUGGCGUGACAGGAAGCCAUGCCAAAACGAAAGGAAGUAGAUUUUGGGCAUGAGCUGGAUUUUUGUGACCCUAAAAUUCUUUGUGUAGGUUCAAUCUUUUAUCACAGGGUUAGAUACUUUCUGGUAAAGCACCCAAGGUGAUUGUGUGUACUAGAAAUUAAACAGCAGUGAGAGCUGUGAAGGGAGGAAAUGGUUAAUAACUGCUGUGUUUUUGGAAGGCUAACUGGAGAAAAACAAGAUAGCACCAAUUCAUUUUCGGAGAAACUUAAUAAAGUAUUGUUUCUUGA